ACUGGACACUUCCCAUAUGCAAGAAACCGAGCCGCCUUAUUUUCCAUAGCAAACAUUUUCGCUUUGGUCCUCUGCCGGAGUGAAGCCUUUUUAAGGAUUGUUUUUUGGGCGGUGGUGAAGGUUUUAGGGUGGUCAUGGGUUCCAUUGAGGCUAAAGACAAUGGUCACAAAAUUUUAUUGCAAUCUCUUGGUGGAAUACACAGUAGUUGUGGUAUUUCAUCAAUUGCAUGGCUUGUUUAUGCUUUAGUCCUCACUCUUAAAAACAGAGAAAACACUUCCUCCGCCAUAAUUAUAGCCGCCUCCACCAUUCUUGCACUCCUCUGCCUCUCUUCUCUGGCGGCGUUUCCCCUAGUCCGCCACCUCCACCACAACGUGUUUGAGAGGACUCACCGAUUUGCUGGUUGGACUGCCUUGGCCCUCCUCUGGUUAUUCAUCAUCCUCAUAAUCUCUUAUGACACGAAAACCAAAUCCUACAGUGAUGAUCUUGGAUCAAAACUGAUCAAACAGCAGGAAUUCUGGUUCACGAUAGGAAUUACCACACUAAUUUUAAUUCCAUGGUUGACUGUGAGAAGGGUCCCGGUUAGGGUUUCUUCCCAAUCUGGUCAUGCUUCGAUCAUCAAGUUCGAAGGUGGUAUUAAAUCCGGAAUCUUGGGCAGGAUUAGCCCGUCCCCUCUUUCCGAGUGGCAUGCAUUUGGAAUCAUUUCAGAUAAUAAGAAAGAGCACAUGAUGCUUGCUGGUGCAGUUGGUGACUUUACAAAAUCUUUAGUCACAAAUCCACCGAGCCACUUGUGGGUUCGACAGGUGCACUUUGCGGGACUACCAUAUUUAACGAACUUGUAUAACAGGGUGCUUCUAGUGGCCACCGGUUCAGGAAUCUGCGUCUUCCUUUCCUUCCUCCUGCAGCCAUGUAAAGCCGACGUCUGCUUGCUUUGGGUGACAAAAGGGGUGGAACAAAAUUUUGGUAAAGAAAUCAAACAAAUGUUGUCUGGACAUCCUCAGGAUAAGGUUAUUAUCCAUGACACAGCCGUGCUUGGCCGCCCCAACGUGUCACAAAUGAGUGUCGACACGGCCAAGAAAUGGGGGGCAGAGGUUGUUAUUGUCACCAGCAACCCGGAGGGAAGUAGGGACGUGGUUAAUGCAUGCAAGGAUGCUGGAAUUGUUGCCUUUGGUCCUAUUUGGGAUUCCUGAAAUUAUUCUUUUAAUUCGCAGUUAUUUAUAUAUUACCAUGUAAGGAAGUUCUUUAAUGUAAUUUCGAAGUCGAUUAUGGUCCUAAUUGAGACCCUCUAUUUAAUCACUCACAAUAAUUAAUUAUAAAUAACACUAUUGUUUGGUACAAGGAUAGAGCCAGAAAGAUAUGUUAGAAUGAGCUGAAAUUUAAAUUAUUUUGCAAUAAAC